UCUUCAAAUCCCCAUCCUCCUCGACCCGUCCCAAUUGGGACAAAGUUUACUGCGAACUACAACUAUUGGGAAUAAGAAGCAUAUUCUGGACAUUUAACAUACUGCCGAAAAGGCGGUGUAACCUGACAUUGGUAAACUCUUGAACUUCCCUCCCUAAGCUCUGCUGCCCCUCACUGUCACCCCGCUACAUACAACGUCCAUUACCAAAUCCAAGAACACCAUAUCAGGAUGGAGAGUUUUGAAGAAAUGCAAAGUCGCCAUUGCAAGGAACAAAAGGAUUUCCAGGGACGCAUAACACAAAAGAAGAAAGGCGCGACGAAGAAGACUCGGAAAGGUGUGAACAACGAAUGCGAGGAAUUGGAACGACAAUUGAAAGAAAGACAAGCUCAAGAAAUAGCGUCACUGAAUGGGAGUUCUGUUCCAGAUAUUAAUGAUGUUCCGGAGCUUGAUGAGGAAGCUUCAGAAACAUCGGCAAAUGCGGUUGAUGCAAGUGGAGUUGACAAUAUUACCGACUCAUUAGAGAAAUCUUCGAUUGCGGAAACGGCAGAAUCUGAAGCAGGACAGCCUAAAAAACGCAAUCGACAAAAAGAAAGACUUGCAAGAAGGGCAGCGGAGCAAGAGGCUGCUGUAGAAGAAGCUAGGAAAGAGGCUGCAAAUAUGCCUGAUGAAAAAGAAGUAGAAAGGAAACGAAUGCAGGAGGAGUUUACUUCGCGAAACUUACAUGAGAAACAAAUUAGACCCGAUGGACAUUGUCUCUUCUCUGCCAUAGCCGAUCAAUUAUCACAAGCCGGAAUACCUCUUGGGCCCGAGGCGGAAGGAUUGAAGGAUGAUCAACGAUACAAAGUGGUUCGCAAAGCUGCCGCAACAUAUAUUGAGGGACACCCAGAUGAUUUCGUUCCAUUUCUAGAUGAACCUCUCGAGAAUUAUGUCCACAAAAUCAGAGACACUGCGGAAUGGGGUGGUCAUUUGGAACUUCUCGCUCUGGCAAAAACAUAUAAUGUUGAAAUUUGUGUGUUACAGAAUGGAGCAACCCAAAAGAUUGAGCCUGGGACCGAGAAGAAAACAGAGACAAUUCAUCUGGCAUACUACCGACACGGAUUUGGCCUGGGCGAACACUAUAAUUCACUUCGAAGAGCACCAUAAAAUACAAAAAAGCUGAAGUAGCUCAAGUUCAAGCUCAAGUUCGAGCUCUACUCUAAUCAGAAUCUAUCUAGUGCGUCCAAACGCUGACCCAAUCAGUAAUUUUACCAUCUGAAUCGU